AUGGAAGAAGCUCGAUCGUCGAGUCAUCCGGAUGACAAGACGACACCGAACCCCAAUGAUACGGAGAACCAGGAGAACACGGACCCGACCACCGCGGGAGGAAUUCUUGAGUCGGCGACGACAACGACGACGACGGUAACGGCAACCGAGGGGAACAAGCAGCCGGACGCGACGGGGGACACCGGGACGCCGGCCCCAAAGAAGAGAAAGCUGUCUCCGGCGAGCAAGGAGGCUAAGCAACAGGAGAAGGAGGCGAAGGAACGACAGAAGCAGGAGGAGAAGACGAAGAAGGAAGAAGAAAAGGCGAAGAAAGAGGAAGAGAAACGUGCGAAGGAAGAGGAGAAGAAGAAGCGGGAUGCAGAACGCGAGGAAGAGCGGAAGCGAAAGGAAGAGAAGCGGAAGGCCAAGGAGGAAGAGAAGGCCGUGAAGGAGGAAGAGAAGCGGAAGAAAGAAGCCGCCAAGGAGGAAGAGAAGCGCAAAAAGGAAGAAGAGAAGUUGAAGAAGGAGCGGGCUCAACCAAAGCUGAAUGCUUUCUUUGCGAAACCGAGAUCUACGAACAACGCUCCGGCCAAUAUCACAGGGUCACCUAAGAAGUCCGCCGGGGAUGGAAAUUCACUCGACUCCGUCCAGGCCGCCGACAAUGACUACCAACAAAUAUUUCCCGAUUUCUUCGUGCAAUCCCACACGACGGUUGCGCCUCCGCAUAGAUUCGGACGAGACUCUCAGGCGCUUGGGUUUAUGAGAGAUAAGGUUGACGGCUACAUGAAGGUGGCUAGCGAGAACUCGCCAGAUCCCCUGGCGUUCCGUCCAUCGGAGCUCUUUCAGAUGAUGCCAUACAAGCGACGAUGUGGGCGGCUUCCUGCGUCCGUCCGGGACAUUCAAUCACAGAUGCAGAAUCGAAACGAGGAGUCCGGGACUUCGGAGGCUGUGGAGAAACCACGCAGUUUCCUGCGACAGGUCCGGAUGAAGUCGCUGAAAUUUGGCGAAGACGUUCGACCGCCGUACCAAGGAACUUACACCAAGUCAUUGCCCGGGUCGGCGGCACGAAAGUUGAUGAGGAACCCGUUCCAUCGGGGGUUGCCGGAAACCAACUAUGACUACGAUUCCGAAGCGGAGUGGGAGGAACCGGAGGAGGGCGAGGAGCUGGAUUCGGAAGAGGAAGAAGAAGGCAGCGAUGACGGGGACGACGACAUGGAGGGAUUUCUAGACGACGACGACGAUCAUCCCGUGGAUGGCAAGAGACGGCUCAUCGUGGGAGAUCUAGAUCCAGUCUGUACGGGAAUUCAGUGGCAGGAACGCGGCGUGGACCCGUCGCUGCAAGUGUACAAGAUGGAGACGAUAUCGGACUCAGUGACUUUUCCGAUCGACCCGUUCUCCACAGCCUACUGGCACAAGCCCAAGGCCGCCGAUCCCGCGCCAACGGGUGCAGCGGGACGGUCGACGCUUCACGCUUUCAUGGGGCAUGCGCCGGCCAAUGCGCCGACGACGACGCAGGAGGGAGCGGCAUUGGCUGCGACGGCGCCCGUUAAGGCCAAGAGGGGGCUUCCGGCGGAACAACUCGAGGAGUUCAAGCAGGUGGUCAACGGCAGCGACCUCUCGAAGCUGGGGUUGGUGGAAAUCCUGAAAAAACGGUUCCCGAAAGUAUCCAAAGACGCCCUGAAGGACACGUUGACCAGCGUAGCCACUCGGGUGGGACAGAAGGAGGCUGACAAGAAAUGGGUCUGCAAGUAG